AUGAUAGAAACUCUGGCAACUCCAUCGCCGGUAGGCUCAGAGAUAUUUGCUCUGAUUGCCUUGCUGGUUAUCAGUUUAGCCGUACUACUUAUACUGCGACAUUAUCUACCUAUUCGCACGACUCCGGCAUAUCUCCUCGUUCCCAUUUUUUUCGCACUUUGGUUGCCAGCAAGUAUCGUAUUACUUGUUCCUAUUGACCUUGCCUCAAGUGCAAGGACAGAGGAUGCAGGAAGUAGAGGAAUAUGGCUUUACGAUCGAGUGCUCCUGGUCGCCUGGCGCAUCACAUACUGGCUUACAUUUGCCUUGACUUGGUUCAUUCUGCCAAUUCUUGCCGAAUACGCUGAUGCGGGUUAUCGAGAUCCAAAAGCACGUCUACUGUUCUCUUUGCGCGCAAACGCCCAAUAUCAAGCCCUUAUCCUUGGAGCCGGUCUCAUUACAAUGUUAUACAUUUUUGUCAAAGAGGGAGUAUCUCCCGAGUCGCUCAAGAGUGUGGUUAUGGCUCUCGCAUAUAGUUGGGGAUUGGUUUUGGCAAUUUAUCUAAUGGGUCAUGGGCUGGUCGCAAUACCUCGAAAUUUAUUCAAGAAUGCAAGCAUUAGUGGGAAGUUGAGGAGGAUUCAAACUCGGGCACCAAAGGUCCAUGAAAACAUGGAGGACGCUAUUCAAAAAUUGGAGGAUUUGGAGGCACAGGUUGCCCAGUUGAGUCAACGGAAAACCGGUACUGCAAGAGAGUUCAAGGACUGGAUCGAGGAACUUGCGGACGAGAUACACUUGCCCGAAUCUCGACCACGAACUUUGACACGGCGGAUGUCCGAGCCAAACGCAACCGUUCCGAAUGUCAUCACGGAACGAUACUUGGCAGAUCUGAGUCGCCAACUGACAAGAACUAGGCACAGUCGUGCCCGGUAUCUUGAUGAAUGGGAUCGACUUCUCAAAGAUGCCGUGGAAACACAGGCUGUGUUGGACUCAGCGGCGUCAAAGAAGAUUGUUAUUGGCCAAAAUUCUCCUCAUUCUUCUAUAUUCGAUCGAAUCACAAUUUUCACUCCAUAUACUCGAUACCUUUUUCAGUACUUCUUCUUGCCCUACUCAAAGAUUGUAUUGGGGGUUAUUUUGGCCCUCGCCUCGAUAUGCAUCGUUUGGUCCGAAAUUAUUAAGUCAAUCAAUCCCAUUUUUUCAAUCAUUGCUGUCACAGUAGUGCAUCAUCGCGACAGCGAGAAUGGAGAAAUCGGGUUUGCAGGCCAGGUGAUUGCAUCUUUCUGGAUUUUGUAUAUGUGUGCAGCAGCUUUGAGCUCUUUGAGUGAAGUUAAAGUGUGGAGGGGACGCGCACUUGUUAGAAGAAAUACUCAUGGAGAGGCUGCCAUGUGGUUUGCCAUGCAAGUAGCCAAACUUUCCGUGCCACUCUCCUUCAACUUUAUCACUUUUCUCCCACCAGAUGUCUAUAAGAAGACGAUGUUUUACAAGUUUCUUGGAAAGCUGAUUGUGUUUACGCCUUUGGGGGAUUGGUUCGAUUGGUUUUUCCCGAUCUUCAUAUUAGUUCCUGUAUGCGCGACACUUUUCAACCUAUAUGGAAAAGUCAAAGACUGUGUAGGCUAUGGGGGAGUUAUCGAAGAUGAGGAUGAUGAGAAUGAGAGUGGAUAUGGGACAGGAUCAUGGCGUGAAGGUCGCGAUUUGAUUGAACGUGAGCUGAAUGGUCAUUCAUCACUUGGCGGACUUGGAGAAGCUUCUGUUGAUCGACGUUCGGUUCCGAACAAUCCGAAUAAUCGCGCCGCUCCUGUUUUGACUGUACCGCGAGCCGAGGGGCAUCGAGCCCUUGGAACAGCAUCUACCUCAAGACCGACUGUUGAUCCACAACAGCGCCACAACGAACCCGGAGAAGAGAACUUUUUCGAGGCACUGGGUCAUCGAAUGAAGAACACCAUCGACACCUUUGAAACACCACGAUUCCUUGAAGGAAUCAAGAAACCAAAGUGGAUGGGAGGAGAUGAUGAGAACGACGAACAGCCAAGCCGAAGUGGAAGUGACUUCACUCGCUGGUUCGUGAGUGGUAAUCAAGAAGGAAGAGUAAGAUUGUAA